UUUAGCGACCAUCGCGCCUGCGCCAGCGCCGGCUGAGAGGCUGGGGCCGUGGCGGCUGGUGCCGGGUGAUGCUAGGCGGCUCCCUGGGCUCCAGGCUGUUGCGAGGUGUGGGUGGGAGUCGCGGGCAGUUCGGGUCGCGGGGUGUCCGCGAAGGUGGCGCAGCCAUGGCGGCAGGGGAGAGCAUGGCUCAGCGGAUGGUUUGGGUGGACUUGGAGAUGACAGGAUUGGACAUUGAGAAGGACCAGAUUAUUGAGAUGGCCUGUCUGAUAACUGACUCUGAUCUCAACAUUUUGGCUGAAGGUCCUAACCUGAUUAUAAAACAGCCAGAUGAGUUACUGGACAGCAUGUCAGAUUGGUGUAAGGAGCAUCAUGGGAAGUCUGGUCUAACCAAGGCAGUGAAGGAGAGUACAAUGACAUUGCAGCAGGCAGAGUAUGAAUUUCUGUCCUUUGUACGACAGCAGACUCCUCCGGGGCUCUGUCCACUUGCAGGAAAUUCAGUUCAUGCAGAUAAGAAGUUUCUUGACAAAUACAUGCCCCAGUUCAUGAAACAUCUUCAUUAUAGAAUAAUUGAUGUGAGCACUGUUAAAGAACUGUGCAGACGCUGGUAUCCAGAAGAAUAUGAAUUUGCACCAAAGAAGGCUGCUUCUCACAGGGCGCUUGAUGACAUUAGCGAAAGCAUCAAAGAACUUCAGUUUUACCGAAAUAACAUCUUCAAGAAGAAAACAGAUGAAAAGAAGAGGAAAAUUAUAGAAAACGGGGAAAAUGAGAAGACUGUGAGUUGAUGGCAGUUCUCAUGCUGUCAGCACGUAGUUUUUGGGAAGCAGCUGCUGGUGGUUGUGUUUGGUUUUGUUUUUUGUUCCUGCUGAUUGCUUGGCACAGCACCUUCUUUCAGUUAACUUGCGUCUCCAGAUUAUUCAAGCAGACAGUACCUGAAAUACCAUUUUUCUCCUAACAUUCUGUUUUCAUUUAUGACACAGCAGCUCCUCUGUAAGUACCAGGUCAUGUCCAUCCCUCGGUACAUAUCUGCAUUUGCUUUUAGACCAUUUCUUUUGUUUAAAAAUAAUAAUAAUAAUAAUAAAGCUAGUUCUAUUGAAAUGCAAAUGUUUUUGUACCAUCU